CCACACCCCUACUAUCAAAAUUAUCGUCUGCAUUUCGGAGAGAGAAAAAACAGAGAGAAAAAAUAUGGAAGAGCAAGGCGGAGAAAGGUUGAAGGGGUCGGUCAAGUGGUUUAAUGACACCAAGGGCUUUGGUUUCAUCACCCCCACUGAAGGCGGCGAAGAUCUCUUCGUCCAUCAGUCUUCCAUCCGAUCUGAGGGUUUCCGCAGCCUUGGUGACGGUGAGGAGGUUGAGUUCGUCAUCUCUACCGGUGAUGAUGGUCGUACCAAGGCUGUUGAUGUGACUGGUCCUAAUGAAGGCCCUAUCCAAGGCUCCACCCGUCGUUCUGGCGGUGGUAGCGGAGGAGGGGGUUACGGAGGUGGUGAUGGUGGAGGAUAUAACGGAGGAGGAGGUGGUAGGAGAUCUGGUGGAGGCGGUGGGUACGGAGGUGGAGGCGGUGGGUAUGGUGGUGGUGGUUAUGGAGGAGGAGGCGGUGGGUAUGGCGGAGGAGGUGGUGGUUACGGUGGAGGAGGCGGUGGUGGAAACUGUUAUAGCUGUGGAGAGGCAGGUCACAUGGCGAGGGAAUGCCCAUCAGGUGGUAGCGGCGGAGGUGGUGGAAGGUCGUACGGAGGUGGAGGCGGUCGUGGCGGAGGAGGCGGCGGAGGUAACUGCUACUCCUGUGGUGGUGAUGGUCACUUUGCCAGGGAUUGUCCCGCUGCUCGUUGAUCAAUGCUGCUGAUCUUUAUCUAAGUUUGCUUAUUUUUAUUAAGUCCGUUGGUUUUUGUUUGUUAGGGUUUAUCAUUUAGAUCCGGGUAUGGGUCUUUUGAAUGGGUAUGGGUUUGGGUAAUGACAGAGAAAAUGUUUUGAGGGGUGGGUUGAUAUUUUCUCUCUAGUAGUUGUCGGCUAUGGUAUUAUUAGGGUAUGAUUGGAAGGGUAAUAGGAGUCUUUUAUUUUAUUUAUUUUGAAGAAUCAAGGACGAAGAAAUUAAGAAUGAAGAAAGUUAUCGAUAUUUUAGAUGAGAUUGUGCAACAUGUUUUGAUUGUUAGAAUCUCUGUUUAAAAAUGUCUAUAUUAAUGAAUACACUUCCUUCCCUUUA